AUGAUAGGAGGAACUUAUGAUUCCAAACCAGAAAAAGAAGAGAUUGGGGAAAGAAAAACUCCUCCUCCUCCUCCUUCUUCUCCACCAACAACAAAAACAAAAAUAGACCCUGCCGCUGCGGCGAAACUGAAAGAAGAAAAAGAAAACGAAGAAGAAGAAGAAGCGAAACGACAAGUAAAAAUUAAUCGAGAAGAAGAACGACUUGGUAAUGCGGAAUUGCCUGAGGAAACCCCAUCAAAUCCCAAGAAUCUUUUUAAACUGGAUGAUAUGAUCUCUACAGAGAUGUGCCACGUGGUGGAAAAGACUUUACCGGGAGAUGAUGAUAAUAAUAAUAAUCAAAAUGUGAAUGUAGUGACGGUGAAUUUGGAUUUCUUUAGAACUCGACCUCGCCAGUGUGAAGAGGAAGAGGAAAAAGAAAAAGAGGAAGAGGAUGAUGAAUUUCCCGGACCUGAACAACAAGAUGAGAUAAAGGAUGGAGAAAAGGAAAAAGAAAAAGAAGAGGAAGAAGGGCCAGCAGGAGAUGAUGAUAAUAAUAAUAAUAAUAAUAAUAAUAAUAAUGAAAAAGGAGAAAAGUUGUUGAGAUAUGGAAGGGAUUCUUCUUUGGCCUCUAAGUGUAAGAGGGGAUAUUCUUAUAUUGUUGGGUUUAAAUCACGUAUAUCUCCGGUUUCCUAUUUCCCUGAGGAGAUAUUGGAGAAUAAUGAUAAUAAUAAAGAUGAUCCUGAUAAUAAUAAAAAUAAUAAGAAAGAUACUGGACUUCAACGUGUUCGUCAAGUAAUUAUGGAGAGAGAAAAAGAAAAUGAAUAUGCGGAUUUUUUACAUCGUGUGAUUUGGCGUCUCCCCUCAUCUUCCACUCCACUCCUGCGAUGUGUUCCUCACGAAGCAAAGGCUUUACAGGGAUAUUCCUAUUGGGAAUGGAACUCCACUGCCUUAACAGUGCGUUUCUCUCUCUAUAAUGUGAAGGAUACGAUAAAGAGGGGUAAAAAGGCUUUGGAAGAGGAAGAGGAAAAAGAUGUAUUGGAACAACAUGGGGAAUUUAAUGCUGGGGAAUUCUCUUUUACACCGGAGAGUAGAGUACGUUUCUAUGGUUUACCCUCACGUUCAAGUGGAAUGAUGUUAGAAGAGAAUACCAAGUAUCAUCUAUUUAAUUCUAUUCCAAUGGAUUCCACUGUUCAUUUGGGAUUGGGAGGGAGUGGAACGGUUCCACUUGUUUACGCUAUUGGACGUGCACGACGAUAUAAUUCUAUACCGGAAAAUACCAAUAUUAAUAAUAUUAAUAAUAAUACCAAUACUAAUACUGAUGCCAAUACUACUACUAGUACUACUACUACUAAUAAUAAUAAUAAUACUAGUACUGGGGAGAAUAACAACAAUGAAGAGGAUAUGUGGAAGCAAUAUACAGUGGGUAUUCUUUGGUUAAAUGGUUCUCCACUACGUGUGGAAACACAAUCCUAUAAUCGUCAUGGUCGAACAAGUAUUACAUUUGUUAAUACCGCGGGAGCCACACGAUUGUAUUUAUUACCAGGACCAACACCUGAAGAUGUAUUACAACAAUAUUACACAUUAACAGGAUUCCCCAUGUUUCCACCACGCUUUGCACUUGGUUAUCAUCAUGCACAUAAUGACUAUAAAGAUAGUAGUAAACUUAUAGAGUUAAGUAAUAAAUUUGAACGGGAACAUAUACCUGUAGAUACACUUGGUGUUAGUUUUCUUUCCAGCGCUAAUGAUCAACGUAUCUUUACAUGGAAUACCACACAUUUUCCAGAUCCAUUAAGACUUCAACAACAACUUUGGCGUGAUGGAGGUCGUUUUCUUGUUAUUUCUACGGUUCCAUAUGUACGUAUAGAUGCACGUUUUCCACCUUAUCUUGAGGGAAAAGAUAAUAGUUAUUUUGUCACUACAGAUGCGGAAGUUGAUGUUCCAUAUAUGGCUUUAACAGGAACUCCAAUUUCUACUUCUCAAGGUAGUAAAGUGGUUCGUGGAUGUAUGGGAGCUUGGAUAGACUUUCUCAGUCCCUCAGCUCGACAUUGGUAUAGUGGAUUAUUAAAAUAUAAACGAUUUAUUGGAUCCACCAAUCAUACCUUUCUUAGUUUAGAAGGGAAUACACCUAUAGUAGAAGGCACUGCAUAUGGAAGUCUUCCAAUGAAAACAGGACACAUGGGUGCUGUUCAACAUGCACAAGUGCAUAAUGUAUAUGGAAUGCUGCAUGCAAUGGCAGCCUUUAAUGGUCAAUUACGCCGAACACAUUUCUAUAGAAGACCAUUUGUAAUAACGGAAUCUUUCUUUGCAGGAAUACAACGAUAUGCGGCGGUUCGUAUAGCUCCAUAUAUAAUAAAUAGAGAUGGAAAAGAUGAACAAGGUGGAUGGAAAGGUCUACAAGAAAGUGUAGAAACUUGUUUAACGCAUAGUAUAGCGGGUAUUCCCUUUGUUGGUGUGGAUGUUGGUGGUUUCUGGUAUUCAGUAGAGGAGGAAUUAUUACUUCGAUGGUAUCAACUCGGUGUAUUUCUUCCCUUCUUUCGUAGUAAUGCGGCUGCGGGAGUUCCAUUACGGGAGAGUUGGGAUCUUUCUCCAUCUAUACAUGCCCGUAUUCGAGAUGCGAUUCAAUUUCGAUAUACACUUUUACCAACUCUCUAUACACUCUUUUGGCGAUCACAUUUUUAUGGAGAGUUAAUUAUGCGUCCAUUAUUCUUUGUCUAUCCAGAGGAGGAACUCACACGGGUGGAACCGAUAAUGUUAACCCAACAAUUCUUUCUUGGACCAGAUUUAUUUGUGGCUCCUGUAUUAACACCAUUAACAGGAGUGGAAAAACGAGAAGGUCGUACAAUUGUUAUUCAUAUGCCUCCAGAGGAUUUAUAUAAUUAUUGGACAGGAACAUUAGUGAAAGCACAUUCCAUUUUUAAAACCUCUAUAGAGAUUUCAUAUUCAUUAUUAUCAGAAAGUUUAAUGACUCCACUCUUUCAACGUGUGGGAAGUAUUGUUUCUACAUAUACAGAUGUUAGCAAGAUGCGAAGUACACAUGAUGUGGCUAAUUACACUUUAACGAUAGCACUUCCAAGUCUCAUGCCAAUCUUAGAAAAACAACAAAAACAUCAAACUCAUUUACUUGCUCGUGGGGAACUAUUCCUAGAUGAUGGGAGUAGUUAUGUAAACUAUCAUGAGAAGAAGGAUAAAAACAAUCAAGUACAUUGUGUCAUGUUAUUUGAAUGUAUAUUAAUGCCAGAUUCGAAUCUCUUUAUGGUACGUUGGCGACCUUCUUCUUCUUCUUCUUCUUCCUGCAGAGAAGUACGAAAUCGUCUUCAAAGUGAUAAUAUAGAUGGAUCUAUACAGAAUGGUUAUUAUCUCACACGAUUACGGUUAUUAUUUGCGGCUGAAGGGGAAACGGGUAUUUUGUUGGAUAACGGAAAAGUUGUGGAUAAUCAUGGGGAUUUGCUUACCAUGGAAAAGGUGACACCGCACAUAGUGGAGAUAGCAGAUACGAGUAUAUCCUUCUUAUCGGAAGAUGAUGAUGAUACCCCAUUGGAUCAGAAUAAUAAUAAUAAUAAUAAUAAUAAUAAUAAUAAUAAUAAUAAUAAUAAGAAAGAUCUAAACGGGGGAGAUGGCACUAAUCCAAUGACUCAACGAAACGCAAUCAGAGUGUUUUUAAAUCCAUAG